AUGGGGCCAGGCGCGUGCCCUCCCUGUCCUCGGGGCCGGGCUCGCGGCCCCUCGGGCGCCUCGGCUUUAGGCCGUGAGCUGGACUGCCUGACUUGGGGAUGGCGCCGGACUUGGAGAGAAGGAGCCUGCUUAGGCCUUGGGGACCAGAGCCGCCCCGUAAGUCGGGGCCAGUGCUCUGGGGUCCCGGGCACUUUGCAGUCCAGGCAGCGGCUUGAGCUCCCUGUAAGCAGGGGUGCAGCCUCUUGGCCGCUGCUCUGCGUGCCCAGCUUGGUUUGCCCAGAGGGCCCGGCUCCCAGCACGGCGUGGGACUGUGCCGGACGUCGCGAUGAAGCCGUGGGACGGCGAGGCAAGAGCCAGCUGGAGGAGCGGCGUCUUGGAGCUCAAGAGCGGAAGGGCGAGGCAAGAGCGAGCUUGGAGGAGCGGCGUCUUCGAGCUCAGGAGUGGAACAGCAAGAAGCCGUGGGACGACGAGGCAAGAGCGGCAGCGUCUUGGAGCUCAAGCGUGGAACGGCGAGGCAAGAGCGAGCUUGGAGCUGAAGAGGGGCCCUCUGGGCAAAGGGCUUUUCCAGGCCAGGGCACCUUCAGGGUGCCGCGGCUGGCUUUGCGCUGGGCGACCUCCCUGUGUGCAGGGCUGGGUCUUUGCUGUGGUUGGCCUUUUGCCCUUGUGCUCCUUUGGCUGCGCGGAGAGAGGGGCAACCCUGUAAGGAGGGUGAGAGCCCCUGUCUCCGCAGCUGAAACAGAGGAGAAACAGAGCUCUCCCGGCCCCCAGCCCAGCUACCCUGUAAGCAGGGCAGGGCUUUUCCCCAGCCCCGGCAGCUUUCUGCCUGCUGCCGGCCCCUGGCCGGCGUGACCCCCUGUACUCGGGGCGCGUCACAGCCCGUGUCCCUGUGCCAGCCCUGAAGCGCCUCAGGGCCUCGCGGCCCCUGUGGCCUCCUUGGAGUGCAGGGGCAGGUCUGAUGCUUUCCUCUCCCGCUCAGCAUUAGCAAUGGCUCCCUAGAGCAGGUUGGCUGCACGGAACUUGCUCCCACUUGUGGGACUGUCUCCCCGUCCCCUGUCUUGCCCUUAGUUGGUGUGAGUGAGGAAGUGUGCUUGUGCUUUAGCCCCCCCCUUUAGAAAUAGAGCAGCGUAGCUUAGACUUUCCCAGGUGGGAGAGAGGAGCUCUGUGCAGCCACAGGCGGGUGGCCAAAAUGCACGGGUGGAGAAAGUGUCCGGCCUUGGCCCUGCUUUCUGAGGAGGGCGCGAAGCCGCUUAGCGGCAGCGGGGGCACCGUGACCCGCCUGUAGCCAGG